AUGAACAGCCAGAACUCCGCUACCAGCGUUCCCGUUGAUCUAUAUAAUGCCGAGGUGGGAAUCACAUUAUUGCCCGGCGCAGUUGAUGCAGCCAAAGCAUCAGCCGCGCAGGCGGCGGCAAGUCCGGCGGCGAGAAGGCUCCGCGCAGAGCCCGCGGGCCACCGUCGCGCGCAGUCCGACGCUGACGCCCUCACCGCCGCGGAUUGGGCGCACGAGCGCUUGCGCUCGUUUAACAUUCGGAAAACCGGCGGGGCGGAAGGGGUUUCUCCAGGUGGCGCAAUUUCCAGCACAAGCGCAGCUUCCGUGGCGGACGCUCCCCAUGCGCCCAGCCCGCGCGGGCGCAAGGUCUCGAGCGCUUUCGCAAGUCCCGCGAGCGGAGCAGUGGGGGGGAGAACGCAUACCUCGCGCUGCUCUUCCGCGCGAGCGCGGCGGGCGAGCGCGGAUGCGACGGACCUUGGGGGAGCCCUGUCGAUUGAGGGGAUGGCGACGGGGCAGAGUGACGGAAAAGUGAAGGUAGAACAGAAGGGAGAGGAGGACGAGAUCUCGGAGAAGCAGCAGCAGCAAGAGGAGAAGCAGCAGCAGCAGCAGCAGCUGCUGCUGCGGCGGCGACAGAAGAAGCUGGUCCAGGCGAGCUUCGUAGAUCGAAGGACUGGAGAGACGGCUGGCCUUAGUCUUAGCCUCGGCGGGAAGGACAAGAGCGCGAACCAAUGGCGCUCCGCCAUUGAACGCUCGCCUGGCGCGGGCGGGCUUGUGUCGCCGCGCGUGGGGGAUGCUUCCCCUGGGGUUGCCGGGGAAGGGAUGCGAUCUGCAGGAGACGCGGCCGUUGCGGAGGCAGGGAGCGGGGCGAGGGUGAACAGGAAGGACGAGAGGAAUAACGAGAGGGUUGAAGAGAAGAGCGGGGAGGGGGUGAAGGUGGAGAGGAAAAGCAAGGAGAAAGGAGCUAGGCGGGACAGAGAAGGAAGGCGGUCGAGGAUAGAGGGGGAAGAUGGUGGGUGGAAGGGAGCGACGGAGAGGGAGGCUGAGGGAGGGAGGGAGGAGAAAAGGAAAGGGAGGAGGGAGGAUAUGAGGGAGAACGGAACAGAGGAGGGGAGGGAAGAAGGGGCGGAGGGAAAGAUUGAAGAAGAAGGGGGAGGGAAGAGGGAUGGCAAUGGGGAGGAACGGGUGGGUAAAGAAGGGGAGGAAUGGAGAUCUCCCCACCUGCAAACUGCACACCUUCCCCCCUCCCUCCUCUCCCAAACCUUCCCUUUCCUCCCUCCGAUCCCCCAUUCGCACUCCCACCCUCUCGUUCCCCCUUCCCCCUUCGCCUUCCCGCUCUCCCCAGCGUCUCCCUCCCUGAUGCUGCGGAAAGUAUGGGAUGCAGAGGGGCCAUGUGAUAGCGGGGCCUCUCAGGGGGACCUGUAUGGGCUGGUCACGCCUGAUGCUGAGGACUUGCACGAGUCUUGGCCUGCUGCUGCUGCUGGUGGGGGUAACAAGGCGCCGCACGAAUCUCUCCCUGUUGCUGUUGGGGAUGGCAAGGGGCGAGGAGGGGUAGCAGCUGGUGGUUCUGUGGAGGAAGCAGAGGGAGGUGCGUCAGGGGAAGCUGGGAAUACGAGUGAUGGGAGUGUGGCGAGUUUUGAGACAUCGCAAAGCUCUCAAAACUCAAAGGAUGGGAGAGCGGCGAGUUUCGUAGCAGUCGAAAGAAGCCAAGGGGCGAAAGGAGAAGAGCAGAAGGAUGAGAGGGAGGAGGACGGGGAUGAGGCUUUACCUGUGUGUAAGCCGUUGGGGAGUGAUGGGAUUACAAGCGGGGUGCGCUCUCACCCCCCCUCUUCAUAUUGGGAGAGCCACGCCACGUGGCAGCAGGAGAUUGACCGUGGAGAUCAUACUGGUGACGAGAAAGAGCAGCAGAGGCGACGCCGGGAACGGCGGCUGCGGCAGCUGCGAGUGGAAAGGAGGUUGAGAGGGGGAGAGGAGGAGAUGGGUUGGGAAGAGGAAGGAGAUGAGGGGGUGGAGGGGAUGGAGGGGGAGUCGGGGAUAGGAGAGAAGGGCGGAGGUGAGAGGGGGAGGAGCGAGUGGAAGGGAGGCAGCAGGCAGGCAUGUGCGGCUGAGGUGUUGCUGAUGAGACAGUUGCAGGAGAGGGAAGAGGAUGAGGAAAGAGAUGAGGGCGGAGGUGGGGGAGGAGAUGGGGGAGGAGAUAGGCGAGGAGAGAAAGAUGGAGGGAGAGAGCAGAGGAGGAGGGAUAGAUCCCUAGGCAGGGCUUCCUUCAGGGAGACCGAGAGUGGGGAAGGGAAAGAGGGAGAUGGAGGACGUAUGGAGAGAGGGAAAGGGAAGGGGGCCAGGGAUGGAGGAGAGAACGUGGGUGAGCAACAGCAAGAGAAGGAACAUAUGGAAGUUGAGAGUGGGAGUGCCAAGCAGCCUAAGAUGAGGGACGAGGCUGAGUUGAGAAAGGCACGGGAUGGGGAAGCAAAGGAGGGCGGGGUACGGGGUGGAGAAAGGAAGGAGGGUGGAGAAAGGAAGGAUGGCGAGGAAAGGAAGGAGGGUGGUGGGGAAAGGAAGGAGGGUGGGGAAAGGAAGGAGGGUGGGGAAAGGAAGGAGGGUGGUGGGGAAAGGAAGGAGGGUGGGGAAAGGAAGGAGGGUGGUGGGGAAAGGAAGGAGGGUGGUGGGGAAAGGAAGGAGGGUGGGGAUCGGAAGGAGAGAAGAGCAAGGAAAGACAUCAUCUCAAAGCUCUCAAAGCGAGACAGGGCCUUGGCGCGCAGCAACGAGAAGGUUUACGCCACCAUGCGCCGAUCUAAAGACCUCAAGUCCACCAGUGGUGGUGACCCCUCUGAUCCUGCCAAGCCCUCUCCUGCUGCUGCUGGAGCCCUUGCAGCUUUUGAUGCGUCUAAAGUUCGCGGCGCGAUCACCCCGGGACGGUCCCGGGGGAAAACUGGCGGGACCUCGUUCCGGGCGGCUGAAAAGAGCAUGCUGCCCGAUUUCGAGACGGCGGUGAUGGAUUUGAAGCUGGAUCUGAAGGCAGCAGCAGGCAGCUCAGGGGGGUUGGGGCUGGGCGGGAAGGGGCGGGUGCGUGAGAGGGGGUUUCGACGGUCUGGUGAGAGCGCGGGGAGUUUGACUGAGGUGGUGAGCGGGAGUGGCAGGGAGAAGGCGAGGGAGAAAGGGCGGCGGGUGAGGAAGGAGCGGACGCAGGAGGGGGAGAGGGAGAAGGAGAGGGAGCGGGAGAGGAGUAAGGACGGAGGGAGAUCAUCCUCUGGGCUUUUAGGCGGGGAGAUUUGCUCUCUGCAGGAGCGGUACUUAGUUAAGCAGGAGAUCGGGAGCGGGUCGUAUGGGAUGAUCCGGGCUGUGAGGGAGAAAGAGACGGGCAAGACAUGGGCGUGCAAGAGCAUUGGGAAGGAUCAGAUUCAGACCAAGGCAGCAGUGGCAGCGUUGCAGCAGGAGGUGGCAGUGAUGCGGCUGCUGAAGGGGCAUGCGCACGUGGUGGAGAUGAAAGAGACAGUGGAAGAUGACACGCACGUGCACAUAAUCAUGGAGCUCUGCAAGGGAGGGGACCUCUUUGACCGCAUCAAGCAGCGCAGCCGCUACGAGGAGAAACCCGCAGCGGCGGUGCUGCAGCAGUUGAGUCUGGUGCUGCGGGCGUGCCACUCCCUGGGGGUCAUGCACCGCGAUGUGAAGCCCGAGAACCUGCUGCUCUGCUCGCCCACUGAUGAUGUCGCUGUCAAGGUCACGGAUUUUGGGAUUGCUGCUACAAUCAAAUCAGGCGCCAAGCUAACAGAGUUCAUAGGGUCCCACAUGUACAUGGCACCAGAAGUGAUCAACAAGAGCUACAGUGCCGAGGCCGACGUCUGGUCGGCGGGAGUUGUCCUAUACGUGCUUCUGGCCGGUGUGCCGCCCUUCUGGGCCUCCACAGAAUCCGGAGUGCUGGAUGCAAUUGUAUCCAAGCCUCUCAACUUCUCUUUCCCUCCAUGGCCGUCCAUUUCCACGGAGGCGAAGGACCUUAUAAAAGAGAUGCUUAAGAAAGAGCCGGCGGAGAGAAUCACACUGGACGCUGUUCUGGUAAUUGUGCCGUUUAGAUUGCUCUUUCGCCGCCUUCCUAUCCCGCCUCACUCGUCCUCCCGACUCACUCGUCCUCGCGCCGUCCGUCCCGACGCCGCCCAGUCGCCUGAAUUGUCGCCUCCAUCGACGUCGCCCUCGCUAUCUCCCGUCGCGGCCCUCCCCUCAGUUCGCGUCGCCACGCUAUCUCUCCCCUCCCCUCCCAUCGCCUUUCCUCUCCUCGCCUUUCCUUUCCCGUUGCCAUUCCUCCGUCGCUUUCCUCUCCCUUCGCCUUUCCUCUCCCGUUGCCCUUCCUCUCCCGUCGCUUUCCUCUCCCACCGCCCUUCCUUCUCUCCCACCGCCCUUCCUUCUCUCCCACCGCCCUUCCUUCUCUCCCGUUGCCCUUCCUCUCCCGUCGCUUUCCUCUCCCGCCGCCCUUCUUUCUCUCCCGCCGCCCUUCCUUCUCUCCCGUCACCCUUCUCUCCCGUCGCCUUUCUCUCCCGUUGCCCUUCCUACUCUCCCGUCGCCCUUCCUACUCUUCCGUCGCCCUUCCUACUCUCCCGUCGCCCUUCCUCUCUCCCGUCGCCCUUCCUCUCUCCCGUCGCCUAUUCUCUCUCCCGCCGCCCUUCCUCCCUCCCGUCGCCCUUCCUCUCUCCCGUCGCCCUUUCUUUCUCCCGUCUCCUAUCCUCUCUCCCGUCACCCGUCUUCUCUCCCGUCGCCCCUCCCCUCCCGUCUUCCUCUCUUCCGUCGCCCUUCAUCUCUCCCGCCCCAUCACCAACCUCGGCGCCUUCGCGCUCGCCCCGAAAUGCCUGCCCGUCGCCCCGUCGCCCCGUAAUCGUCGGCCCCUCUCGCUUUUCCCUCGCAGCGUUACUCUCCCCGUCACAUAUGCCCUCGCGGCACCCUCAUCGCCGCCUUCCCAUUACCUACCUCGUUGCCCUCUCUCUCUCCCCAUCACCCUUUUUCUCUCCGUUCGUAUCACCCCUCUUAUCACCCUCACACUCUUCCCUCACAUCGUCCGUCACCAUCGCGUCAUCCUUUCUCUCUCCCCUCACAUCACCCUCCUUGUCGCCGUCGCCCUCGCCUCAAAUCGCCCUUCCUCUCUCCCUUCGCAUCACCCACGUCAUAGCCCUGUCGCCCCCCAAAUCGUCCCCUCUCCCUCUCGUCCCGUCGCCCAAUUUCUCCUCCCAUCACCCACCUCGUCGCCUUCGCGCUCGCUCUCAAACGCCCUCCCCGCGCCCUUCUUCUCUCCCUUCGCAUUACCCACCUCGUGGUCCUCAUGCUCGCCGCGAACUGCCCACCCGUCGCCUUUCUCGCAUCGACGCAAAUCCGCUCGCGGCGUCACCUAUCCGCAAAUCCGCUCGUGGAUUCGCGCCGCAAAUCCGCUCGCAGCGGCGCCUCGCCGCCCCACGCUACCUCCUCACGCCACCGCGAUCACGCGGGCCGCGCCACACACUGCGGGCCCUCGUGCGCCUCCCAAUAUCUUCAGUCCGCUGCCCUCUCCCAAUUUACGGCCUCCCGAUCUCCCAUUACCGCCUCCCAUUCUCCCCUUCAAACCUCCCCUUCUCCCCUUACCGCCUCCCUGCAUCCACACCUCCUCUCACUGCAUCCCCAUCUCCCCUCUCUGCAUCCCCAUGUCCCCAUUACCUCCCCAUCCAACCCCAUUCCGCCACAUCCCUACCCGCAUCUCCGCUUCCCUCCCUUCCCUGCCUUCCCUGCCUUCCCUGCCUUCUCUCCCUUUCAUCUCUUCCCUCCCAUCCUUCCCUUCCGUCCCGUCCCUCCCGUCCCUCCCUUCUCUCCCUGCCCUCCCAUCUCUCCCUGCGCUCCCUGCCCUCCCUUCCCUUCCUUCCCUCCCUUCUCUCCCUUCCCUCCCUUCUCUCCCUUCCCUCCCUUCUCUCACUUCCCGCCCUUCUCUCCCUUCCCUCCCUUCUCUCCCUUCCCGCCCUUCAGUCCCUUCCGUCCCCUCCCUCCCUCCCUCCCUUCCCUCCCUUCCCUCCCUUCACUCCCUUCCCUCCCUUCUCUCCCUUCCCUCCCUUCUGUCCCUUCCCUCCCCCCCUACCUUCCCUCCCUUCUCUCCCUUCCCUCCCCCCCUACCUUCCCUCCCUUUUCUCCCUUCCCUCUCAUCCCUCCUUGCAAUCUCCUGUCUCUCCUUUCCCUAUCUUUUCUCCUCGUCCCGCCUCUUAUUCUCCCAUCCCGCCUUCCCUUCUCCUCGUCCCGCCUCCCAAUCUCCACGUCCCACCCUCCCUUCUCCUCGUUCCGCAUUCCACAUGUCCCCUUCAUGCCUCCCAUCACCUGUACCAUCACCUCUCCCUGCCUUCCCAUCUCCCCUUCACGCCUACCAUCACCUCUCCCUGCCUUCCCAUCUCCCCUUCACGCCUUCCAUCACCUCUCCCUGCCUUCCCAUCUACCCUUCACGCCUACCAUCACCUCUCCCUGCCUUCCCAUCUCCCCUUCACGCCUACCAUCACCUCUCCCUGCCUUCCCAUCUCCCCUUCACGCCUACCAUCACCUCUCCCUGCCUUCCCAUCUCCCCUUCACGCCUACCAUCACCUCUCCCUGCCUUCCCAUCUCCCCUUCACGCCUUCCAUCACCUCUCCCUGCCUUCCCAUCUACCCUUCACGCCUACCAUCACCUCUCCCUGCCUUCCCAUCUCCCCUUCACGCCUACCAUCACCUCUCCCUGCCUUCCCAUCUCCCCUUCACGCCUACCAUCACCUCUCCCUGCCUUCCCAUCUCCCCUUCACGCCUACCAUCACCUCUCCCUGCCUUCCCAUCUCCCCUUCACGCCUACCAUCACCUCUCCCUGCCUUCCCAUCUCCCCUUCACGCCUACCAUCACCUCUCCCUGCCUUCCCAUCUCCCCUUCACGCCUACCAUCACCUCUCCCUGCCUUCCCAUCUCCCCUUCACGCCUACCAUCACCUCUCCCUGCCUUCCCAUCUACCCUUCACGCCUACCAUCACCUCUCCCUGCCUUCCCAUCUCCCCUUCACGCCUACCAUCAUCUCUCCCUGCCUUCCCAUCUCCCCUUCACGCCUACCAUCACCUCUCCCUGCCUUCCCAUCUCCCCUUCACGCCUACCAUCACCUCUCCCUGCCUUCCCAUCUCCCCUUCACGCCUACCAUCACCUCUCCCUGCCUUCCCAUCUCCCCUUCACGCCUUCCAUCACCUCUCCCUGCCUUCCCAUCUACCCUUCACGCCUACCAUCACCUCUCCCUGCCUUCCCAUCUCCCCUUCACGCCUACCAUCACCUCUCCCUGCCUUCCCAUCUCCCCUUCACGCCUACCAUCACCUCUCCCUGCCUUCCCAUCUCCCCUUCACGCCUACCAUCACCUCUCCCUGCCUUCCCAUCUCCCCUUCACGCCUACCAUCACCUCUCCCUGCCUUCCCAUCUCCCCUUCACGCCUUCCAUCACCUCUCCCUGCCUUCCCAUCUACCCUUCACGCCUACCAUCACCUCUCCCUGCCUUCCCAUCUCCCCUUCACGCCUACCAUCAUCUCUCCCUGCCUUCCCAUCUCCCCUUCACGCCUACCAUCACCUCUCCCUGCCUUCCCAUCUCCCCUUCACGCCUACCAUCACCUCUCCCUGCCUUCCCAUCUCCCCUUCACGCCUACCAUCACCUCUCCCUGCCUUCCCAUCUCCCCUUCACGCCUACCAUCACCUCUCCCUGCCUUCCCAUCUCCCCUUCACGCCUACCAUCACCUCUCCCUGCCUUCCCAUCUCCCCUUCACGCCUACCAUCACCUCUCCCUGCCUUCCCAUCUCCCCUUCACGCCUACCAUCACCUCUCCCUGCCUUCCCAUCUCCCCUUCACGCCUACCAUCACCUCUCCCUGCCUUCCCAUCUCCCCUUCACGCCUCCCAUCACCUCUCCCUGCCUUCCCAUCUCCCCUUCACGCCUACCAUCACCUCUCCCUGCCUUCCCAUCUCCCCUUCACGCCUACCAUCACCUCUCCCUGCCUUCCCGUCUCCCCUUCACGCCUACCAUCACCUCUCCCUACCUUCCCGUCUCCCCUUCACGCCUCCUAUCGCAUCCAUUCUCAUUCAGCCCCAUCCUCAUGUCACCAUUUUGCCUCCUUCCAUCCCCCACCUCACCCACCUACUCCCAUCUCAUCUCCCUUCCCCCUACCACCUACUCCCAUCUCAUCUCCCUUCCCCCUACCACCUACUCCCAUCUCAUCUCCCCUCCCCCUACCAGUACUCCCAUCUCAUCUCCCCUCCCCCUACCACCUCCUGCCCCUAUCAGGCACUCCUUGCUCACCUCCCCUCCCCCUACCAGGGGCAUUCUUCGUCCCACACUAG